UGCGCAUUAGCGUCACACGUUGUUUUGUAGUCAACGGCGUGUGUAGCAAGAAAAUAUUCACACAUGCGAUCUGUUACUGGGUAAAACUCGGUUUUGAUUUAGUUAUUAUUCGUUUGAUCUCUGCUGUAUUUGGCACUUUGGGGUUUAAGGAGCUGUCACUUGAAUUUGGCGGCAGAGCUCUAAGUAGCUAGCUCAUCCCGAGCAGAGAGUUGGGGUUGGGUUGAGCAGAAAUAGUAGCAGCAGAAGCAUGGCAGCGCAGUUGGAGCUCGUCGCUGGCAGCUACGAGCAAAUCACCUUCGGAUUCCGAGUGAAAACGGGCGAAAACGAAUGGACAGCCAAAGCCGACUUUACCCAUCACGCUCACACGGCUUCAAUAACGGCUGUGGCAGCGAGCGAGAGGUUUGUGGUCACGGGAAGCAAAGAUGAAACCAUACAGUUGUACGACAUGAAGAAGAGGACGGAGCAUGGGGCCCUGCUGCAUCAUGAAGGUACCAUCACUUGCCUUGAGUUCUCUGGGACAUCUCAUUUGCUGAGUGGAGGAGAAGAUGGGCUCCUGUGUGUGUGGAGCACGAAGACGUGGGAGUGUAUGAAGACCAUCAGAGCUCAUAAAGGUCACGUCACUUCACUCUCUGUCCAUCCUUCGGGGAAACUGGCGCUUUCAGUCGGGGCAGACAACACUCUGAGAACCUGGAAUCUCAUCAGUGGAAGAUCGGCUUUUAUCAAAAACAUCAAACACAAUGCACACAUAGUCAGAUGGUCUCCAGAUGGCGACAGAUUUGUGGUGGUGGUGAACGACAAAAUCGAUAUCUACAAGCUAGAGACAGCGUCUGUAACGGGAACAAUCACAAACCCAAAGAGGAUCUCAUCUGUGAAAUUCCUGAAUAACUCCAUCCUGGUCGUCGCAGGUGACGAUGAAACCGUGAGGUUCUGUGACAUGGGAAAAGCUAAAUGGGUUUGUGAAUUUAAGGCUCAUGAAACAAGAGUAAAAGCUCUCGACAGUUUGGUUGUGGAUGAUUUCUGCGUGUUGCUAACAGCUUCAAACGACGGUUUCAUCAAAAUGUGGAAAAUGCAUCUGAAAGAGGAGCUGGAGUCUCCUACCCUUCUGGGGGAAGUGAACACAACAGCUAGACUGACGUGCCUCGCUGUAUGGAGACCUUCGUCAGUGCAGCCGAUAACCGAUGCUCCAUCUGAGACAACAACAUCUGAAGAACUUGCUCGGGAACUUGCCAAGAAGAAGAGGAGAAUCCAAGAGACUACAGAAGAAGUAAUUGUAGAGGAUGAGAGCAAACCCAAGAAGAAGAAGAAGAAGAAGAAAAAUCAUGGUGGAAAAAAGUCUGUCAAACAAUAAAAAAAUAAAAAAAAACAACCCA